AUGCGGAGCUCUUCGCCUUACUUAGUGCGCCAGAACGGAGGCAGGCGUUACGAGCUCGCGAUUGGGAACUCAGCGUCGUGGUCGCGGUCGCGGUCAGCGCGUGGGGCGACGGACAGGUGGGAUGUACCCAUGCAUCAGCUCUCGCUGCGGUCCGUGCGCAUUAUCGCACUCACUGAGAGGCGUAACAUCAUCGUCGACUUCAAGCGCUACGCGCUGCGCACCAAGAAGAUUAAUGGCGCGUUGGUCAACUACAACGUCUGCCAUAAACCCUCCUCACCGCCUUCGCAAAAAGCGCUGGAGCUUUUGAAAGCGUCGCUAUCUGCACCAUACCCACCAGUGACCUCUUCAUCAUCCUCUUCGACCGAGAACGCAGGGAAACCACUUGACUUCAAUCUCGAAGUCGUCGAGUCUCCACCAACGUCUGACCAGCUCCAGGUCAUCCUCUCGUAUCUACCUUCGCCUGCAGCAAACCCGUCUUUGGUGUUCCUCUCUGCACACCCGUCCAAUGCACUGAGCGCGGCGGAGCAGCCGACGACGGUGAAGGGUAUCGCAGAGCUGGCGCAGAAGAAUCCAAAUGCAAUCAAGUGGCCGAUUGUGGUUGAUUGGCUGGAUGGCAAGGCGAGUAUCGGGAGUGUGGACGGUGUCAAGGGAAUUUUGGAGCAUUUGCGGAAGAAGAGGGAUGGGGAGGUCGAGUGA